AUGGAGCAGCUAGGGGUGGAGCCCGAGGAGGAAGCGGGCCGAGACGAGGAAGAAGACGCGGCUCAGGCCAUGGAGCGGGCGGAGGCGGGGGAGGCAGGCGGCUCGCCCGGUGCGCCCGGGCCUGAGGAGCCCGGCGGCCUCACUUGGGUUCAUGAUCAAGUGGUGCCAGAAGGAAGUUCUUCAUCCAGAGUCAUAGCACAUGUGGAUCUGGAUUGCUUUUACGCACAAGUAGAAAUGAUUUCAAAUCCAGAACUGAAGGGCAAACCUUUAGGAGUUCAGCAGAAAUAUUUGGUGGUUACCUGCAACUAUGAAGCUAGGAAACUUGGAGUUAAGAAACUUAUGAAUGUCAGAGAUGCAAAAGAAAAAUGUCCACAGCUGGUAUUAGUUAAUGGAGAAGACUUGACUCGCUACAGAGAGAUGUCAUAUAAGGUUACAGAGUUGUUGGAAGAAUUUAGUCCAGUUGUUGAGAGACUCGGAUUUGAUGAAAAUUUUGUGGAUCUAACAGAAAUGGUUGAGAAGAGACUACAGCAGCUUCAAAGUGAUGAACUUUCAGCACUGACUGUGUCGGGUCAUGUAUAUAAUAAUCAGUGUAUAAACCUGCAUGACAUCACGCACAUCAGACUGCUUGUUGGAUCUCAGAUUGCAGCAGAGAUGCGGGAAGCCAUGUGUAAUCAACUGGGUCUCACUGGCUGUGCUGGCGUGGCUUCUAAUAAGUUACUAGCAAAAUUAGUUUCUGGUGUUUUUAAACCAAAUCAACAAACAGUGUUACUGCCUCAGAGUUCUCAAGUUCUUAUUCAGAGUUUGAGCCAUGUAAAGGAAAUGCCUGGUAUUGGUUAUAAAACUGCCAAACGUCUUGAAGCACUGGGUAUCAGUAGUGUGCAUGAUCUUCAAACCUUUUCACCCAAAAUACUAGAAAAGGAGUUAGGAAUUUCAGUUGCUCAGCGUAUCCAGAAGCUCAGUUUUGGAGAGGAUACUUCUCCUGUGACGCCCUCAGGACCACCUCAGUCCUUUAGUGAAGAAGAUUCAUUUAAAAAAUGUUCAUCAGAAGUCGAAGCUAAAAAUAAGAUUGAAGAACUACUUGCCAGUCUUUUGAACAGAGUAUGCCAAGAUGGAAGGAAGCCACAUACAAUCAGAUUAACAAUCCGUCGGUAUUCAUCUGAGAAUCAUUGUAGCCGUGAGAGUCGUCAGUGCCCUAUUCCAUCGCAUGUAAUUCAGAAGUUAGGGACAGGAAAUUGCGAUGUGAUGACCCCAAUGGUUGAUAUACUUAUGAAACUUUUUCGAAAUAUGGUGAAUGUGAAGAUGCCAUUUCAUCUUACCCUUUUAAGUGUGUGCCUCUGCAACCUUAAAGUAUUAAAUACUGCUAAGAAAGGGACUAUUGAUUAUUAUUUAACACCAUCAUUAUCAACAACUUCACGGUCUGGCAAGCGCAGUUUUAAAAUGAAAGAUAGUCAUAUGGAGGAUUUUUCCAAAGACAAAGAAACAAAUUGGAAUUUUCUACCAUCAGGAAGAAUUGAAAGUACAAGAACUGGGGAGGCUCCACUAGAUCCUAAUUUUUCCAAAGAAAAAGACAGUGAUGAAUCCCCACUCUGCUCACUUCCCGAAGGUAUUGACCAAGAAGUCUUUAAGCAGCUUCCAGUAGAUAUUCAAGAAGAAAUCCUUUCUGGAAAAUCUGGAGAAAAAGUUCAAGGCAAAGGAAGCUUAAGUUGUCCAUUACAUGCCUCUAGAGGAGUAUUAUCUUUCUUUUCUACCAAACAAAUGCAAGGUAGUCCCUUAAAUCCUACAGAUCAUUUAUCCAGUAGUAAACAGAUAUCUGUAUCUCCCUGUGAACCAGGAACAUCAGGUUUAAAUAGCAGUAGUUCCUCUUCUCCAUGUAGCCAAAAGGAUUAUUCACAUUAUAUAGACAGUAGAUUAAAAGAUGAACAAAUGAGUCAAGGACCUAAAGAAUCUCAAGGAUUUCAUUUUUCAAAUACAAACCCUGCUGUAUCUAUUUUCCAUUCAUUUCCAAAUUUGCAGAGUGAGCAACUAUUCUCCAAAAACCGCACUACAGAUAGCCAUAAGGAAUCAGUAGUGACAGUCUCUCAUCAUGAAAGACUUACAGAAAAUAAAGAGCAAGAUUCUAGUGAUGAGAAAAUUACCUUUCCUUCUGACAUUGAUCCUGAAGUUUUCUACGAACUACCAGAAGAGGUACAAAAAGAGCUGUUAGCAGACUGGAAGAGAGCAGCAUCAGAUUUCUCCAUUGUACAUAAAUAAGCAUGUUCAGAAAAAAGGUCUAGAAAGCAAAGGAAAGGCCAUUGUUCUCAGAUUUAGCAGUUUAUUAAGCUCCUCUAAAUUAAACACUAAUAGAUAUUCAAUAAUGUAGAAAUCCAAUAUAUAAUGUUCUAGAUAAAAGCAAGUGUAGUUAUGGGAAGUAAAUUCUGGCACAAAGCAUAAAAAUACUCAUACCAAGAAAUAAUGUAAAAUUAUCCUCUUAUUUCUAAAGUUAUUUUAUAUUGCUUUUCAAUAAAAAGAAUAUCAUGGCUAGUACAUUUCCCAUAAAUGGGGAGAGGGGAAGAUACAUAACACCUGUGUGUAGAAACAAAUAGACUAGCCAAAUCAUUGCUAUGACAUAGCAAAGAAUCGUUUUUUUUUCUGUGAAAUAUGGAAUGUCUCAAGAAAUUCAGCCCAUUAGGAAAUUUCCAAGUAAGAAAUUCUGCCGCCAGCUACUAAAAACACAGAUCUUGUUGAAGUACUGUGUACCAUUUAAUAUGCUUUUUAAAAAAUACCAAAGCAGUGUAUGUCCUAUUAAUGCUUUUGAGUACACCAGAGCCUACUGCAGUGCCUCGUACAUGGAAAGCACUCCGCAAUUAUUGAAUGAAUGGUGUGGCAGGGGCCAGGUGGGAGGUUGGGCAGGGGAGUGUACAUGUUGUAGAGAACUAGAAGGAACUCUCCAUCCAGGUAGAUUAAGGGAAGGAUGGACACUAGAAAGGCAAUGUGAUAGGUUUUGUAAGAAGGCUGGGUAAUUGGGUGCCCGGGCGGCUCAGUGGGUUAAGCGGCU